UAGGUCAAACACAGCAGUUUUGUUCGAUAUUGUACCGAGCAAUGAAUUGUCAGUUCGAAGCGUCAGAAAAUUGUUUUUCUAUCCCAAUCCAGGAAUUAAUAGUUAUUUUUAUUCGAUCGUCAUAAUAAAAUUUUUCUAUAGACUAAAUAGUUUAAAAUCAUUAUAAAUAGUCAAUAAAAUUUAUCCUGAGAAAAGACCGUGAAAAUGGAGAUGAAACAGAUAAUUCAGACUCAAGAAACUGAUAAUGGACCAGUUAAACUACCGCUAGAUAACGAAUCUUACUCGUACGAUGAUUGGACAAUCUCAUACACGAAGUCCCACAUUUUGAAGAGUGUGUGCAUUAACGAUAAUAAAUGCGUGGCUGGCGAAUCGAACUGCUGUGAACUAUGCGUGUACAAUUUCACACUUGAAUUACCGCAUCUGCCGGAUAUGGUAUUUCACAAGAAUGUUUUAGUGAUCAGCCAUAAAAACGGUGCCCGGUUGGAAUUCAACCCAAUGGACGCUUUGAAGCUUGUGCGGAACGAAAAGCUGGAUCUCAAAGUGGCUUGUUCGGAGGAGUGGAAAGGAAGUCGUCAGGCAGCGGAUACUCAAGAGAAAGUAAAACCCUUUGAUUGGUCUUUUACCACUGAAUACACCGGAACAAUCAACGAUAACAUACGAGUGGAGAAAACUGACCAGAAAAUCGAUAUGUUUAAGUUAAUGAAAAGGGAGCCAAUUUACUUCUAUCACGAUUUAACACUUUUUGAAGACGAAUUGCACGAUCACGGUAUUUCGGUGCUGUCGGUUAAGAUACGGGUCAUGCCCUCAGGAUUCUACAUCUUGCAACGCUUCUUCUUACGUGUGGACAAUGUGCUGAUACGGAUCAAUGACACCCGAUUUUACUAUGAGAAAGGUAAUGACUACAUACUAAGGGAGUAUACCCAUCGGGAGGCAAAGGUAGAAAAACUGAAGCACGUCCCUCCAGCUCUGUUCACCUGCCCAAAUGAAGUUGCUGAUCAUCUACCGGUCAUUUCGCGGAUAAACGAAAAAUUGACCAUCGUCGAUAGCGUUGAAGCUCAGUAGGUGUGAUCCUGAAGGUUCCUUUACUAACGUAUAAAUGUAGUUUUACCCAGUAUAUUCCGUUUUAUUUGGCGUAUUACCAUAUAUAGCAGGUCUUGUUUUAUAAACCAAAAAAAAAACUAGCCAUGAAUCAUA